ACCCAACUUGCAUCAUGGAUAAUCAUGCACCCUUAGCAAAGCGAAUAAAACUAUCGCUUGAACCUGGAAUUGAACAACCAGCUGUAGACAUAACAAAUUCAGGCCAUGAGAUCUAUAAAACGGAACAAUCUCUCCCAGAAAAGUUGAUGCAAAAUGUGGAUCGAAUCUGGAUGGAACGAGGCGAUUGGCGCGAUUUAUCAGAAUCCGAUCUUAAAAAAGCUAUUGAAUCUAAAGACACAGAAGAAGAUCAGGCCCAGACGCACGAAAACGAAGCAGACCAAACUACACAACCUACACUAGUGCCUACACCCGGAUUUGAUAUUGUCAAAUUGAGAGAGUCUGUAUUGAACAAGUUAUUUCAUGCAAAAAGUGAAAUUGAUGUGGCUUUGGAUGUUAUAAACAUCUUGGCUACUCAGAGUCGACCAGGAGCUGCUGUAAAAGAUCUUGUUCUUCCACCGGGAUCAUUAACAGCAACAUAUGUGUCCAAACCAAAAACAACGCUCAAAGCACAAUUGGAAGCAGUUCAACUGACGCUAGGUUUAAAACGAAAGCAACAAAAAACAGCGUCUGCUUAUCUCAAAGCAAGCGCAUCCAACCUUCGAAAAUUAGUCGAAAACGAAAAUUCGUUUUGGGAGGAGGCUCUAGAUUUGAGACGCAACCAUUGGUUGAUGCAAGCCAACAGCUCUCCCCCGAUUCCCGGAAUGACAGGAACAGGACCAACCUACCUGGUUCAAUAUGGAUUUACAGAUGUUGGUUCAGACUUUAAUGAGUCUUCGUUGGGUGAUCUUGACCGAGCAAGUACAGCUGAAAGUGAAGAAGGAUCGGCAAAGAUGGCUCUUUCAUUGCCACACAGCGAACCAAAAAAAAUAGUAGUGCAUGUCAGUCAACGUCAAAUGGGAUCCCUUGGCCUCAACUUUGAUGUCUUUUCAGAAGGUAUUCUUGGAAUGACAACGAGCUCUAGAUCUCAAUCACAAAAAGACACAGCUGGGCCUUUCAACUUUCACAGUCCUUCCAACCAAAUACAAAAACAGUUACUUGAUGCUCAGGCAACCAUAUUUGAUGCCGAAUUAUUUGCAGACGUAAGAAGAUUUUAUCAGAAGCACAAACAUUUAACAGCGACAUUCGAAUGGCAGACGACGAAAUGAUUCUCACGAUUGGUGGCCAAAUCGAUGUAUCUAUCAAAAAGGUAUCUGGAAGUAUACUGUCAACCGAGCCCAGAGU